AUGCUUCUUAACAAGUCUAAGUGUUUGUGUACUGUAUUUGUUUGUGUUGUUGGAAAAGAUUCCACGUUUUGCAUAGCUGUUAUCUCAAGAAUGAUUCUUCCCUCCUCUGUGCCUAAGCGUAAAAAGGCAGAAAAGGAACUUUUUAAAGAUACUCAUACCAUAGAGUCAAAUGAAAUCAUUUGUAAGCAAAAAGGUGAAGGGAGAAAUUCGAACUGUUUACAGAAGGAUAAUAUUAAGGCUCUGAUUAAUGAAGGCCGUUGUGUUCGGUUUUCAGAUGAUUCCUGUAAUUUGCACUCCUGUUUUCUGAACUGAAAUUACCAAAUGUUGACGUUUUAUCCCGCACUGACUACUAGCCAUAGUAAUAGAAUCAUCAUUUGACAACGCGUAAGUUUAGCUGAAAACAUGUAUGUCACAUUGUUUAAGAUCCUUUUUCUCAGAUCAGAAGCCAUAUUUAUGUACAAUUCGACGUUGCACUUGCAUAGGGAUUCAUUUUCUACACAUAAAUACUAACCAGUCUUAACUAUUAUAUCAAAUAGGUUGUUUCCUUUUCGUACUUCGUAUGUUUUUUCUGUUUCACUUCGAAACCAACUUCAGUAAUUAAGGUAUGAAAAACUCUGUUCAUAGUAUGACAAUUAUUUGUAACUUCAGGUCGUUUGAAACUGGUAAGAAGCUUUGAAAUAUAGUGCAUUCAUGUUAUCUUGGAAAUCUUUUCUCACUUUGUUAAAAUGUAUCAAGGAUUCAAAAUGUAAGAAAGAACUAGCAGUUAGAUCUAUCUAUUCUAUAUUUCUGUCAACUAAUAUUCGUUAGGACUAGACAUUUAAUAUUUAGAAAAAUCAUCACUUAGCCUGAGUGUUGUAUGAAAAAUGUUACUAGCGUUUCGUAAAACGAAUACACUAGUUGUUUUAUCUUUUCAAGGUGUAGAAUAUACUUAAAGAUACAGUAGUAUUUCGAAAUUACUCUGUGGUGUUUUGCUAGGUAGGCGUAAGUUUAUUUAUUGUCGCUCUUAAUAAUAAUUGGUAUUCCUGAGUAAUAAAUAAGUCAACGAUAACCUACACUUCAUAAUCACUGUUCUGGAUCGGACAGACUGUAAUCAAGUUUGUAUGCACCGUUUGGCUUAACAUUUUCACAAUUUAUGCGUAAAUUUGUAGCUACUGAUAAUUUAUAAAUAGUACAAAUCGUAGUACGAAACAUUUGGAGAUUGAGUUUUCAGUAACUCAAUACACAUUGACAAUCUUUGAAGUAGUACGACCUCUAGAAAGCAACAAUUUAGGCUGCAUGGUUGAUCAGUCGUCACCAGCCUCUUGCUCUAAUGCUGCCUUAAGAAAUGACAUUAAUUAGUUAAUGUCCUUUAUGGUGGAUUUCAAUCAAAAUAUUUAUAAGUUUUUUAUAGUCAUCUAAUAAAUUGGUAUAAAAAUACUAUAAUCUAUACCAACAUCUAUCGUCAAGCGCUUGGGAGAGCCUUUGUUAUCUUAUUGAAGAGGUUAUCUUUCGUUUUCUUGACCCUAAUGGCCGCUUCUGGCUUCGCGUAAUUGUUGACUAUGUCCAAUACACUCCUCGAUGAUCAUUAAUAAAAUAUACGGGAAACUGGACUCUGAGAGUGUUAAAUAUAAUUAUUACAAAUCAUAUACUUAAUCACAUAUAUAUCCAGCCUUUUAAUACUUCUUUACUUAUGUUUUGAUGUGAACUGAAAUUCUGGUGUAGCUCUGAAUAAAGAAUAUCAGAAGCUACAGCAUUAUUAAUUAAUAUGAAACGUAGCUCUAUUAAGCACCUUUUAUUCAGUGAAUCAAUCUUUUUGAGUGGGUUCUAGCAAUAAUACCUAGGUCCCUUAACAUAAACAGUUAGAAUUGAUUUCAACCUUCACCCCAGUAACUGAAAACAAUUUUUAGUUACACAUUCAUUUUGUGCUGACAACAUGUACGACUUAGCUUACUAGUCCCUGCAUUACUUUUAUGCUAUAGUUACACUCUUUAAUUCUAAUUCUAUUUAUAUGUCAACAUCUAGUGGUAGUGAUCGCACCAUCAACUAUCGUUUUGAGUUGUAAGUAUUUAAUCAUAGUUUUAAUUGCUGACUGUUCCGUUGGAAAAAAUACAACCGGUGGUUUUAUUCACGAAUUGAUCACAGCUUUUUAAAUGCUGAGCGAUUCGUUUGUGUUUAGAUUUCUUGGUAUACUAUUUUAAUUACCAAACAAUUUUAACCGCUUUUUUGGCUGAGUGAUAUUUAUUAUUUUUCCUAUCACUUCUUUAUAGGCCGGAAACUUUUACUGUAAACA